UUUACCAACAGCGUGAAUCAAGAAAAGUUAGCCAAACUUCAGGCUCAGGUCUGGAUAGGAGGCAAGGGUACAGCUCGCAGAAAGAAGAAGGUGGUACAUAGGACAGCUACAGCUGAUGACAAAAAACUUCAGAGUUCUCUAAAAAAAAACUGGCUGUGAAUAAUAUAGCUGGUAUUGAAGAGGUGAACAUGAUUAAAGAUGAUGGGACAGUUAUUCAUUUCAACAAUCCCAAAGUCCAAGCUUCCCUUUCUGCUAAUACCUUCGCAAUAACUGGUCAUGCAGAAGCCAAACCAAUCACAGAAAUGCUUCCUGGAAUAUUAAGUCAGCUUGGUGCUGACAGUUUAACAAGCCUUAGGAAGUUAGCCGAACAGUUCCCUAGGCAAGAGUUGGAUAGCAAAGCACCAAGACCAGAAGACAUUGAUGAGGAGGAUGAUGAUGUUCCAGAUCUUGUAGAAAAUUCUGACAAGGCAUCAAAGAAUGAAGCCAACUAAAAUAUUUCCUGGCUUUUGGAAGCUGUCAUGGACUAGAUUUAACAAAUCAACUAUGUGGUUCCAAAGUUUUACAGACACGGAGAACAUCAACUGUUACUAGUUCAAUAAUAUAAAUAUUUUGUAUAUUAAUAAUGCUGUUUGUUCAGCAUUUUCAGUCAUUUGAUUUUGCAUUUUGCACUUCUUCCCAGGAUCUAUUAUUUUGGUCAAAUUACAAAGUAUUGGUGUAGUUUGAGGGUGGUAUGUGUGUGUGUGUGUGUUUUCUUGUUUAUUUUUGUUUUGUUCCUUUUUGUUGGGGUAUUUUUGGUGUUUGUAUGUAUAUGUAUGCGUGUGGGUAUGUUUGUAUACAAUGGAGAGCAAAUUGGAAAACAGUUCUAUUUAUCCUCUUCCCUCCCCACGUAGAAAUAAAGCAAAUCUUUACA